AAAUCAAUUUUCAAUAUCUAUUUAGUGUGUUUGUUGUGUACCUGUUUUUGCCUGUCUUAGACUAUCCAGCCGGGUCAGAGUGUGUGUGCGUGCGUGUGUUUGUGUGUGUGUGUGCAUUUCACCUUUAUAUUAACUAACUAAAUCGAAUCCUUAACUAAAUACGAAACGCAGCGCGCCCUAUGACUCAGCCUCUAUGAUUUCAACAUAAUUCUAAUUAACCUUUUGGACUAAGAACUAAAAAACAUACAACAACAACAACAACAAAAGCAACAAUGCAUAUUUUACAUCGCACCAACGAUCAUCAGUUUGAGGAUCAGAAAUUUAUGAUGGAACGCCUUAGUGGUCAUGGGAGUCUAGGAUUGUCUAGCAGUAGUCCGGCUUACACAACCCACUCGAGCGGGCACGUGGGUAGAGGCGGUCCGGCAUCCGGCCAUAGUAAUACCCAUGGAUCGGCGGCAACGAUGCAUCAUCAAUCACUUCAGUCCGAUUUUCAGCCUCCUUACUUUCCGCCACCCUUCCAUCACUCAACUCAAAGCCCUCCUCAGCAACAGAUGUCUGGAUAUUUACAGAAUCAUGGUGCACUUGAAUAUCUGGGCACGGAUCCCUAUGGCCAGCCCUUGUCAUCGUUGCAUCAUGCGCCACUGCAUCAUUACAAUCAAUUGGCUGGCCUAAGGUCGACGCAAGAUCAACUGGGAAUCCACAGGACUCACAGAGAGGCUGAGCUACAAGGACAUGUUACUCAACUGUCUCAUGGAUUUCCAUACACAGAUAGAAGAAGCGAUUAUGGAACUGCUCUAUCUGCUGGAGCUGCGCAUGGGACCAGGCUAGGACAUGAACAUGAAUCGCUGGCGUUACACCAAGCCCUACAGAAUGCCGUUGAUGAUGUUCAAGCACCCGCUCUUGAUGAUAACGUGGCGUUUAUGUCAGAUCUUCCCUUAAUAAAGAGCAUGAAAAGUGGGAAGGAUGCCGCCAACAUUGGCUCGGGUUCGCCUAGCGAAGUAUUCUGUGCAGUUCCUGGUCGCCUUAGUCUUUUAUCCAGCACAUCGAAAUACAAAGUCACAAUUGCGGAAGUACAGCGCCGAUUGUCACCGCCCGAAUGCUUGAAUGCCUCCUUGCUGGGAGGAGUCCUUAGGAGGGCAAAGAGCAAGAACGGUGGACGACUCUUGAGGGAAAAGUUGGAAAAAAUUGGCCUAAAUUUACCAGCCGGCAGACGAAAAGCAGCAAAUGUAACUUUACUCACCUCAUUGGUGGAAGGAGAAGCAACCCAUUUAGCCAAGGACUUUCAUUUUGUGUGCGAAACCGAAUUCCCGGCGAGACAGCUGGCCGAAUACAUUGUACGCCAUCAAACUGAGCCCCAGGAUUCCUACAGAAGGAAGGAACUCAUUCUUCAUUCGCAACAGAUAACAAAAGAGUUAAUGCAGAUCCUAAGCCAAGACAGAACCACACAUUUCGGAACACGGUCACAGCAUCUGUUAGAGCCAUCAAUGCAACGACACUUGACACAUUUUUCCCUAAUAACUCAUGGGUUUGGUUCUCCAGCAAUCAUUGCAGUACUCCAUGCUUUUCAGGCAUUUUUGAACGAAUCGUUAAAUUAUUUGGAGAAACUGUAUCCAUCGAAUGGAGGUGGAAUGGUAUCAUCGUCCUUGGAUAAAAGUAAAAUUGACAACGAUAAAAAAUGAUAGACUAUUUAUAUAUUGUAUAUUGCCCCAGAAAUGAAAACAAAAACAAAUUGUAUUUUAAGGAACACUUAUCAUACACU